AAAGUAUUUUUUUAAUAAUUAAUUUGUAUAAAAAAAUCCUAGAAAUCAUCAGAUGUCAGCUGACUUCAGUAUUAUAAAAAUUAAAUAUUUCAAAAAUAAAUCUGACAAUUAGUAAAUAAAAAACUAAAAACAAUUAAAGUUUUGUUUAAAAAAAAAAUAAAAAUUAUUGUAACAAUAAAACAUUUAUAAAAAGUUAAAAAAUGAAGUGUUACUACGAAGUCCUGGAAGUUCCUCGAGACGUCAGCGACGAGGAAUUAAAAAAAGCGUACCGUAAACUAGCGCUAAAAUGGCACCCGGAUAAGAAUCCAACAAACCAGGUGACUGCUAAGGAACAAUUUCAGUUAAUUCAGCAAGCGUAUGAAGUCCUGAGCGACCCACAUGAGCGCGCGUGGUACGACAACCACCGGGAGGCGAUUCUAAAAGGCGGAAUUGGAGAGGAUUACAAAGACGACUCAAUAGAUUUGUUCCAGUAUUUUUCUCCGAGCUGUUUUAAGGGCUACGGUGACGACGAGAACGGAUUCUACUCAGUCUACCGGCAUGUGUUUGAAGAACUAGCUGCAGAAGACCUAGAGUUUGCUGAAGAUGAGGAAAUCCCCGGGUUUGGAGACUCCAAAAGUUCCUGGGAGGAAGUAGUUCAUCCUUUUUACGCCUACUGGCAGAGUUACUCCACCAAGAGGUCGUUUGCCUGGCUGGAUCCGUAUGACAUCCGGGACGUUCCUAAUAGGCAGUACUUGAGGCUGUGUGAGAAGGCGAAUAAAAAGGUCCGGGAUAAAGCCAAGAGAGAAAGGAACGAGCAGGUGAGGAAUUUAGUCGCUUUUAUUCGCAAGAGAGACAAGAGAGUCCAGCUGCAUGCUCAGGAACUUGCUAAGAAAGCUGAGUUGAAUGCGAAGAAAGCUCAGGAAAGGUCGAUUCAGCAGCUGAUGGAGAGAAAGAAGCAGCUCCAGGAGCACAAGGAGUCGGAUUGGUGUAAAUUUUCUAAUAUUGAGGAUGAAUUGAAGACUAUUGAAGCUAAUUUAGCUGCUGAAUUUGGGGAUCAACUGUCUGGUGACUCAGAAGAUGAUAAUGAAGAAAGCGAGUCGGAUAUUUUGUACUGCGUUGCUUGUAAUAAACAUUUUAAAACGCCCAAGGCUUUUGUUAAUCAUGAGAACUCGAAGAAGCAUAAGGAGAAUGUUGCGGUUAUGAAGAAUGUUAUGAUGGAUGAUGAUAAAAUGUUUGAGGAUAAAAGCUCCAAGUCUACUUCGGAUGAAGAAAAAAUUUCUGAUGAAGAUGAUGAAGUGGAGGAUGAAAAUAAAAAAUCUAAGAAGAAGUUUCAUGUAGCUGAACCUCAGAUGGGUGGAUUUAUUUUUCCGGGCUCGGAAGAACCUGUUGAAGAUGAUGGGCAAGCUUCUGAGGGUGAACUGAUGUCCGAUCAGGAUGAUCAGGAUGAAGUUAUGACGCCGGGGACUAAAAAGAAGAAGAAUAAAAAAAAAGCGAGGGUUGUUAAAGACAGUGAUCAUGAUGAGUUUGAUUUUGAUGCUGGGUUGUCCAAGAAACAGAGGAGGCGGAGAAGAAAUUUGGAUGGGAAGAAAGAAGAUGAUGAUGGAGAUGCAGAGGGGGAUGGUAAGGAGAAGGAGAAGGACAAGGAAGAGGAGCAGGGUAAUGAAGAUUUUGAUUUGGAAAGUCUGUCUAAGAAACAGCGGAGGAGGAAGAAGAAUUUAGAGGCGGGAAAACAGAAAGAAGAAACUAAGGUUCAGAGUAAAGAUGAUGAUGAUGAAGAGAAGGUUAAGGAAAGAAGUAAAGGAAAGAAGCCUAAAGAAGCAAGAAAAUCGGGGAAAAGUAAAUUGAAGGAUGAUGUUGCGGAUAUUGAACAUUGCUGUGUUACGUGUAAAGCUGAAUUUCCGAGUAAAAAUAAACUGCAUGAUCAUUUGAAGAAAUCUGGACAUGCUAUGUACUUAUCAAGUGUUGCCAAAAAUAAAAAGAAAAAUGAUAGGUCUAAGAAAUCAACGAAUUCUGAUGAUAGUGAUUGAAUUGGUUAACCCUUGGAGUACACACCUCUGAACAGAACUUUACGCACGGGGUCAACCCCACUUGAUUUUUAAAGAAUUAUAUCUUAGAAAUUAUGAAUUUUAUUGGAAUUCAGAUUAUUACAUCUUUAGUAUGAUAUUAAAUUUAACUGUCACUUGAGGAGCUAAGUUUCAAAAGGGUAUCUUUUCAUUUUUGAUUAAUCGAGACAAAAA